AAGGGUUAAACCGACCCCGGUGUUUUAGUUUAAUUUGUUUAUUAUAACUAGUCCCAUCCUUUUGCUGUCCUGAAAAAAGCAAGAAGCUGUGACACCUCUGGCUCCAAAAAACCCAACCAUUUUCUACCCCUCUUUUCCCAUUCUGCUUUCUCACAAUCCUGAAUAAAAACCCAGUUAUCCCAGUUGAAAGGCAAAAGGGAGUGUUUAUUUUGACUGGAAAGAUUGAAACUUUGGUUUUGUUGUUUGAGAGGGAGAGAGAGAAGAUGGGUGAUAAAAAUGAUGGCUUGGGCCUGAGUUUGAGCUUGGGAUAUGCUACACAACGGAAUCAUCAUCAGCAGCCUUCUUUGAAGCUAAAUCUCAUGCCUUUGGCUUCACAAAACAAACAUAAAAAACCUUCCUGGACUGACCUCUUUCAAUCACCAGAUAGAACAUGUGAUACGAGGUUGUUUCAACGAGGGCUUGACAUGAACAGAGUACCGGCUGCUGUGGCAGAUUAUGAUGACGAAACUGGGGUUUCUUCUCCAAACAGCACACUAUCCAGCUUCAGUGGUAAAAGAAGUGAAAGAAAACAGAUCGGAGAAGAAACAGAAGCAGAGAGAGCCUCUUGCUCUCGCGGAAGUGAUGAUGAAGAUGGUGGUGAUGCUUCUAGGAAGAAGCUGAGACUGUCAAAGGAACAGUCGUCAGUGCUUGAAGAGAAUUUCAAGGAACAUAAUACUCUCAAUCCCUACGUGGUGGUUUUGUGGUUGCAGAAGGAAAAGCUGGCUUUGGCAAAACAGUUGAAUCUCAGGCCAAGGCAAGUGGAGGUGUGGUUUCAGAACAGAAGAGCAAGGACUAAGUUGAAGCAAACUGAAGUAGAUUGCGAGUACCUAAAGAGGUUCUGUGAAAAUCUAACAGAGGAGAACAGGAGGUUACUGAAGGAGGUGCAAGAGCUCAGAGCACUGAAACUCUCCCCACAGCUCUACAUGCACAUGAACCCUCCCACCACCCUCACCAUGUGUCCUUCAUGCAAGCGUGUUGUCUCCUCGGCAUCAUCAUCUUCUGCUGCUGUCGUGUCCUCUGCUCUUGCUCCAAUUGCCUCGAACCCCCAACCACAACGACCCGUGCCCAUUAACCCUUGGGCAGCAACGCCUAUCCACCAUCGAACGUUUGAUGCUCCCGCUUCCAGUUCAUGAUAGUUUGUUUGAAGUAGGGCUAUUAUUGUAAAAAGAUAACAUGGAUGGAAGUAAUUAGGAUAAAAUAUCCAGAGAAACGUGAGAGAAUGUGGAACAGAGAGGAGUGCGAAAGAAGACACAAUCAGUGGUGAUGGUUAGGAUGCGAUUUUGGCGAAGUCCAGUUAGCUAAGAGUGGACUAGUUGCACAAUUUAGUGUUUGCAAGUGGUAGGAUGGUGGAAGGGACGACAUAGGAAUCCGAAUUCUUUAUCUUCAUACUUAUUGUAGGAUUGGAGGUGGACA